UUAGGGAUAAAUCAGUAGUUUAUUAGCAACAAAACACAUCUUCGGCCCAAUUUUUCUGUUAAUUGUGUUUUUAAUCAUCGAUAGAUAAACCCUAAUUUGUUUUCCGAAAAGAGAAUAGGUUACUCAAAUAACUGGUUAGGGCUUGGAUCCGCGCGUAUGGAAGCAGGUUUCUCCCAUCGAAGGCAAAGCAGAAAGAACGGAAAGGGCUUUCUCAAUUUCUCAAUGAAGUAUUGUCCUUCCAUUUAGAUCUUUGCUGGAUCAUUGAGACAAACCUUUGCAUCUUUCAUAUGCGUGAUACUUUUGGACAUGUGAAACAAUUGUUUUCUGGAGCUGAAAUCUGAAUGUUGCUGCAAUAAUUAUGGAUUCUUCUGCUGUCGUGGGUAGCACAAUUUCAGAGCCUCAUAAUGAUAUGGAAUUUGAAUCUCAUGAAGCGGCAUAUGCAUUUUACAAAGAAUAUGCUAAGUCUGCAGGGUUUGGCACUGCUAAGUUGAGCAGUCGGCGGUCCAGGGCAUCAAAAGAAUUUAUUGAUGCCAAAUUUUCAUGUAUAAGAUAUGGUAAUAAGCAGCAAUCUGAUGAUGCAAUUAAUCCACGCCCGUCUCCAAAAAUUGGUUGUAAAGCAAGCAUGCAUGUGAAGAGAAGGCUAGAUGGUAAAUGGUAUGUCUAUAGCUUUGUGAAGGAGCAUAAUCAUGAGCUUUUACCAGCUCAAGCUCAUUUUUUCCGGAGUCACAGGAGUUCUGAUCCACUAAGUAAUGAUGUUCGAAUGCGAAGGCGGAAGAACUCAAAUGCAGUUUCUAAAUUAUUUACUGCAAAUCAGAAUGUUGAUUGCUUAGAGAACUUUGUGAAACAUCAACAUGAUAAAGGACGGAGUUUGGUUCUAGAAGCAGGACAUGCUCACUUGCUUCUUGAACUCUUCAUGCACAUGCAGGAAGAGAAUCCAAAAUUCUUCUAUGCAGUUGAUUUGAAUGAAGAACAUCGACUAAGAAAUGUGUUCUGGGUUGAUGCUAAAGGCUUGGAAGAUUUUACUUAUUUUUCUGAUGUUGUUUCUUUUGACACAACAUAUUUUACAAGCAAAUAUAAAAUACCAUUGGUAUUGUUCAUUGGAGUAAACCAUCAUAUUCAACCAACAUUGCUUGGUUGUGCAUUGAUUGCUGAUGAGACAAUAUAUACUUUUGCCUGGUUACUGCAAACAUGGCUCAUAGCAAUGGGAGAACGAACUCCACAAGUGUUUCUCACUGACCAAAACGAGGCUAUUAAAGCAGCUGUUGCUGCAUUUCUUCCAGGAACACGUCAUUGUUUUUGUUUGUGGCAUAUUUUGGAAAAGAUACCAAAACAACUGGAAUUUCUCGGUGCGUGGCAUGAUAGCUUUUUGGAAAAAUUUAACAACUGUAUAUACAAAUCAUGUACAGAGGAGCAAUUUGAUAAGAGAUGGUGGGAGUUGGUUGAUGACUUUAACCUUAGAGAUGUUGAGUGGGUUCAAUCCUUAUAUGAUGACCGUACAUGUUGGGUGCCAACUUUUAUGAAAGAUAUUUCCUUUGCUGGCUUGUCUACUAGUUCACGCUCAGAAAGUUUAAAUUCAUUGUUUGACAAAUAUAUCCAAGUUGAUACUUCAUUGAGAGAUUUUAUAGAACAGUAUAGAGUGAUUCUUGAAGAUAGGCAUGAAGAGGAAGCCAAAGCAAAUUUUGAUGCCUGGCAUGAAACACCUGACCUGAAGUCUCCUUCCCCUUUUGAAAAGCAAAUGUUGUUAGUUUACACACAUGAAAUUUUUAGAAAGUUCCAGGUUGAGGUUUUGGGUGCCGCUGCUUGCCAUCUUAAGAAAGAAAAUGAUUGCAUGACUACUACUUAUACUGUGAAAGACUUUGAAAACAACCAAACUUAUAUGGUAGAAUGGAACACAUCAACCUCAAAUAUAUGUUGUUCAUGUCAUUUGUUUGAAUAUAAAGGUUAUCUCUGUAGACAUGCUAUUGUUGUUCUACAAAUGUCUGGUGUUUUCAGCAUUCCACCAAAGUAUAUAUUGCAAAGAUGGACAAAUGCUGCUAUGAGCAGGCAUCCUAUUGGUGGAAAAAUGGAAGAGGUUCAAUCAAAGGUGCGGCGAUUCAAUGAUUUGUGUAGACGGGCCAUAAUAUUAGGUGAAGAAGGUUCUUUGUCACAAGAAAGUUACUAUAUGGCUUUAGGUGCCAUAAGUGAGGCACUAAAGCAAUGUGCAAACUUAAACAGUUCUGUUGAGAAUGGUAUGAGACCUGAUGCCUCAAGUACCCAUGUUGUUUGUAAUGUUGAAAAAGAAUAUCAAUCUAUUAUUACAUCUAACAAUAAGAUCCCUGAUCCAAAACUGAAUACGGGAAAGAAAGCUGUGAGGACUGGUAUGGCUGGUAGGAGUCUAGGAAGUGUUGAAAACAGUGAAGGAAAUAAAGGAAAGGUAUCUCAGGUCGAAGAAGGUAUGGUGAAAGAUGGUUUUCAACAAAUGGAGCUGAUUGAUUCGAGAUCACAGAGUGUCAUGCCAAUGCAGUUUCACGGUGUGGUACCCGCUCUGUUCCAUAAUAUAUCGUCAUCAUUUCAUACUGCACCUUCAACUCAUUUGCACGAGAACCGUUAGCUUGAUAAAUAUUUACUUUUAAAAGGAUCUGGAGACCAUGUAUAGAGCUGUACAUAAGAAAUUGCACUUUUGGAAGACACUAUACCUUUCACUUAAUGGUAUUUGUGUUGCAGAGCCCAUGUGGCAAUUGAAUUUGAGAGUUGGUGCUAACUUGGGUAUCAUUGUAUUCUAAAGGUAGGCUCACCAUCAAUGGUCAAUGUUGGUAGUUUUUUAUUUUUGAAGUUGCUAGGUUUAACUUGAUGCAUUGGAGUUGUUAGUCCAAUAUUA